UAUACAACCCUGUUUUGGCUUUUAAAAUGGAGGUCUUUGAUGUUGUGCGUACAUUAAUCUUUAAGUGAUGAGUACAAAAAAAUUGCAAAAACGUAACUAAAAGUAAAAAUUGCUGUAAAAUUAUUGAAAAAUUCUCAAGUAUUGAACAAAAGCAAUAGAAUGAUGUUGAAAUGAAGUGAAUUGUUGGAAAAUUUGUGAAGGAAAAUGCCUUUGAAAGUUUGGGAAAAUACAUGAAGGAAAAAAUUUUAAGAAGAAAUUGAUGAAGAAAAAAAAAAAGAUUAUUAGCACCAGCGGCGGCAGUGGCAGCAACAACAAUACAAAAAAAAAACGGACAAUAACGACGUCGUCUCUAAGUGUAUUAACGAAUGCCGCAUCGCAUACGACAAUUAUAUUUGCCCACGAAUAAAACGCGACGACGACGAUAUGGCUCUUAUAUGUGUAUACAGUGAUUCGAUGAUUUUUUGUGUUGUUUAAUUGGGCUUGAGCAAAUGAUGAUGGAAAAGAAAUUAAAAAAGAUAUAAUUACACGAAGCGGUUGGUGUGUGCUUUUUUUUGCAAUAAUAUACAUACUUGAAAUCAGUACCAAAGGAAAAAAGAAGAUGAAAAAGAAUUCUGUGAACAAAUUACACAAAAAAUGUCUCAUUACUGAAAAAGACAACAUGUCGUUGUACUCCAUUUGUUAAUUUAAAACAAUAUAACUAAAAGUAAAAUUGUUUAAAUUAACCAAAAAAAAACUCAAGUUAUAAAAGAAAUUAAACUAACAACAACAAAUAGACAAAACAAUAUUUGUAGAUUUUAAAUACAACAACAAACAACUAAGAAAAAAGUGUAGGACUUUAAAACAAUCAUCAACAACAACAACACGAACAACAAACCCAACAAGCAAGUGACAACCUACAACAACUUCAAUUCCAAAAAAGAAACUUCAAGUGGACUCCUUCAUCAUUUUCGAAAGGGAGUUGUGUGCGUCUCUAUUUGCCUAUUUGCAAUUCAUUGGCAUUCGCACCAUCCAACAGCCCCACCCCACCCCCAACAAUUUGCAAAAUCAAUAUAAAUAUUUUAUUGAGUGGCAAUUUCAUAAUUUAUUUAUCUCCAAACUAUAUAUAUUUUUUAAUGUGUCCUGUGCUGUUUCGUUCCGUUCGUUCGUUUUAAUUGCAAACUCCUCGUUUAAGCUCCAACGACGCUCGCUCCUCCUCCCAACAAUUCCAAAACAAAAAUCCAAACUUUUGAAAAAAUGUAUUUCUAAAAACACAACAAACGACAAGGAUUUUCAGUUCCUUUAGAAGCAACCAACUCAACUUCCUCUCCCCCCGACUCAGCACGUCGAGUCAAUCCCACGUCCAUCGAAUUUGGAAGACGUUUUGGAAAACAUCUACAUUUGGAGAAAAGAUAUUUUUCAAAAUAGCAAGCAGAGAGACAACAUUUUAAUCUUUUUUGUGUGUGUCUACAACUGAUGGAUGGCAAUGCCCAAAAUAUGUUUCACGGCAAUCAUCAAGGAGAUCCCUAUUACCGCUAUGAUCCAGCCGCUGCCGCAGCAGCUGCGGCUGCAGCAUCUCCACGGGCCAUGGGACCACCCGGUGGCUAUCCCCGGCACAGAGGCCCACAUCCAUUACAGCAACAGCCUCAGUACCCCACUUAUCAGCCAACGGCGGACAACAUCUAUGGCCUAAGUGCCGCCGAUCAACAUGCCGGCAUGGGUAUGGGUGAUUUAAGCGGUUGGGGUGCCGGACCCACCGUACCCGGCCAGGCAGGUGCCUAUCCAGGUGCCACAUUAGGAGCUUAUGGUCAUCCCCAGGCGGGGCCACCGACACAACAAAGGCAGUCAUCAUCACAGCCAAGCUAUCGUCAACACAUGCCCGCCUAUGGCCAACAGGAUCAAUCAAAAUUACCCUAUGGCUCACAGCAGGGUAUGAUGAGCAGUCUACUGCAACAGCCUGGACCAAAUGUUGGACCUGCUGGCGGCUAUGGUGCCCUAACACAACAACAACCACAGCAGCAACAAGCACCUACGCCCCAACAGCAACAACAACAACAGCAGCAGCAGCAACAACAGAGCCAGCAAUCACGCCUGCCCCCACAACACUAUCCCCAAGCUCCCAGCCAACACCCCCUCUACUCGACCACACCCACACAACCGGGACCGGGACCUGGUGUGCCCGCCGGAUCGAGUGUAACGGGCGCUCCACAAGGCUAUGGUGUCCCCUAUGGGGCACCCUUGCAGCAUCAAACCAGUCGAUCGGCGCCCCAGCAUGUGGGCUAUGGUCAUGCUGGUCUUGAUCAGCCAAGUCCAUAUGGGCAACAUGUGCCAGGUGGAGCAGCAGCACCUGGUGGCGUUGUCCCCAGUCAUCAUUUAAGUGCCCAGCAACAGGCUGGCCAAUUGAGUUCGCAUAUGGUGGGUGGUCCAGGACCACAACAACAACAACAGCAGCAGCAACAGCCACCACCUAGUAUGCAACAGCAACAACAUGGAGUACCUCCGGGUUUAGGUACACCACAGCAGCAGCAACAACAACAACAGCAGCAAAGUACAGCCCAUUUGCUGCAAAGCCAGCAAGGCCAACAACAACAACAACCACAGCAGCAAACACAAAACCAUGUUGGCCUCAUGCAGGCCACGGGUCAGCAUCAACAACUGCCGCCACCCCAUAUGGGAGUGGUGCCACCAUCAUAUGCUGGCCUACACCAACAACAAAGCCAACAGCCUCCACCCCAACAACAGCAGCCGGUGGGAGGAGCACCUUCCUACAUGACAUCGGCGGGAAAACAUCAGGCCACAGCUUCGCCCCAAUAUCGGGCGCCAUUCCCGCAACUUUCACCACAAAUGUCACCCAGGCCACCGACCAUGUCACCCCACCCACAAAUGUCUCCAAGACCAGGUAUGUCGCCAGCGAAACCACCUUCCAGUCAACAGCAGCAGCAGCAACAACAACAGGGACCUUCGCCUCAAACGCAACAGCAGCAGCAGUCUAGUGUGAAUUCACCCAGUACCCAACAGCAACAACAACAGCAGCAGCAAAACACACAUCAUAGCAUAUCGGGUAUGGUGGGUUUAUCUUCACCCAGGCAACCAACAACGGCCGGAGGUGGUCCACCAAGUUCCAAGACGGGAGGUUCCACACCUGUCAAUACCUUACAGGCUUUGGAGCAGAUGGUAAUGCCGGGUCAGGGCUUAUCGGCCGGUGGACCAAUGGAUUAUCCCUCAGCCUAUAGGCAGGCAGCGGCGGCAGCUCAACAUGGUCCGAUGGGACCACGUAUGCCUGUGUCGCCUCAACACCAACAAUGGUCGGCCCACCUGAAUAUGCAACAAAGUCAGCAGGCGCCACCAAAUCCCAUGAGUGUGGGUCAGAUGACCGCUCCACCACAAAUGCCCCAUCCACAACAGCAGCAGCAACAACAUCAACAACAAAUGGGUAUGUAUGGAGCGCCACCGCCGCAGCCAACACAUCAUCAGCAGCAACUGCAGCAGCAGCAACAACAGCAGGCUCCUGCGCCUUCACAGCAAACUGGAGGUCAGACACCCACCCCUCAUGGCAUUGGUCAGCUGACAACACCUGUCUCCCAAGCCCAACAGCAACAACAGCAGCAAUCAACACCUCCUCAUACUCAACCCCAUUCACAUCAACAACAACAACAGCAGCAGCAUCAGCAACAACAACAACACCAACAACAUCAACAGCAACAUUUGACCGAACAAUUGCAGCAUUCCAUCAAUGAUAUUGUGGGCAAUACUUCAUCCUCAAAUUCCCAACAACAGCAACAAUCACAUGCUGCAUCCUCUAUGUCUCCCAUGCAUCAUCAGCAGACAGCCGGAGGAAGUAUGACUUUGCAUCACAUGACCACACCAGGACAUCAUCAAAUGGGUCCAGGUGAUCAGAUGCAUCAGUCAUCUCCAUCAAUACAGCCUAGGGGUGUUGAGCCAUCGCAUCACCCGCAACAGCAACAGCAGCCUGCACCUGGAUCUUUACAACCACCAUCGAAUCAAAUGCAGCAGCAACAGCAACAGCAAAAACAACAAAGUCCCCACCAUCAGCAGGCGCACCAGCAAAGGAGUCCCCAUCAGGCGACGCCACAGCAUCAACAGCAACAACAGCCUUCUCCUAUGCAUCCCACACAGCAACAACAGCCUUCACCAAUGCAUCCAACACAGCACCAACAACAAACGACGGGUUAUCAACAACCUCCGCCACAACAGCAGCAGCAGCAGCAACCGCAAACCCAACAUGUUCCUUCACCCCAGCUACAACAUACAGCAUCUCAACCACCCCAAUAUAACCCCCAGGAUCCGUUCUCCUCAAUGUUACAACCUCAACAACAACAACAACAGCAGCAGCAACAGGAGACCACAGUGUCUGCCGUAUCCACAGCUCCUUCUAUUGCUCAAGCAGCACCACAACAACAUCAGCAAUCCACAAUGUCUCCAGCUCAUGUGUCUUCUCCAGUGCCUACUUCGGCACUUGGAGCGUCUGCAAAUAAUCAACAACAACAGCAGCAGCAUCAACAACAACCUUCAACACCCUCCACCCCAACGCAACAUCAUUUGAUCAGUGGUAUACUCAAUGAAACUGCCAAUUCCAACGACUCGUCCACCCUAGCAGUGGCGGCCAAUGAUAGCAACAAUAGCAGCAGUAAUUCAUCCACCAACAGUACGGUCAACAAUCAUCCCACAUCGAUACAUGACAGUAACUCCCAAAGUUCCAUAAAUAGCAGUCAUAAUGUUCCGACCCUAGCGGCAAUGGACAAUAGCAGUAAUGGUGGCGGUGGAUUAUUGAAUUCGAAUUCAAAUUCUGCCACAGCCAUGGGCGGAGCAGGAGGGACAGCAGGAAGUCUGGGUGCUACGGCGGGCAACAACAGCAGCAGUGGGCCCUCUGUUGGUGGUGGUGGUAUUUUAGAAAGCGCUGGCGCAAGUAUUUUCGACAACAAUUCCAUGUCUUCAAAUAGUGGAGUUGCCAAUGUGACGGGGGUUCCAUCAUCCACGCCAGCACCAGCUGCUCUAUUGGAUAGUAAUUCCCAAAGUUCAUUUAUGGGAGCUAUGGCAGCGGUACAACAACACGACAAACCACCGGAGGAACUGAUGGCCCCGGAGAAACCAAACAAUGAAAUUCCACCUCCCACCACCGGGGAUCUGCGCAAAGAAGAGGAGAUUUCCCGAAGUAUAAGUGGUGGUGAAGAGACCAGUAACAGUGGUAAUCAGGACAGCGUCAAAGAGGGAUUACAAGAAGCUGAUACAAUUGGCUCCAAGCCCAGCGAAUCGCUGACAGAAGAUAAAUUGGAGUCACAAAAAGCAUUGGAAUCUAAAGCUAGCCCUGAAAUUACUUCCCAAACCACACCGGUGGUUAACACAACACCCAUGGAAUCAAAGCCAACACCUGUUGGUAUGGGCAACCAAACAUCGGGCAUAACUACAGGUGUAACAACUCUUCCACCGCAUACCACAGCCUCUGGUCAUCCCGUUAUGCCGCCAAUGACAACAGCUCCACCACCAACUGCCAGUAUAACAGCCACAAAUACCGGCAUGACAACCUUACCAGGCUACGAUGGAAGUGGUGUUGUUCCAGGUCAGCAGCCACAGCUAACGCCACUUGGAAUGCCACCACCACCACAUCCAAUGAUGCCACCAUAUCCACCACCCCCACCGCCUCAAGGUGGCCACAUGGGCUAUACAACACCCAUGCCCUAUCAUCAUCCGCCACCAAUGUUACAUCAACAGGAAAUUGCCGCACUGCAACAACAACUCCAAGAGCUCUAUUGUAUGCCACCGCAGCAUGAUCAGCAAGAGAAAAUCAUGAGGAUUCAGGAGCGUAUAAAUAUGGUGCAACAACAUGAGAUCAAUGAUCAGUGCGUCGGUGGCCCCCAAUGUUUGUUCUAUCAGUCGAUGCCACCACAAAUCUUUGGAGGACCCACUCCCAUAAUGCAACAACAAAUGAUUGAAUCGCCACAGGUGUCCAGCACCACGGGCAGGGGACGCGGCAAGGGAACGAACAAGCCACGUAAGCCCCGGGUCAAAAAGGGUGAUAAGGCGGCGGCCGCUGCUGGCGUUGGUACUCCCAAUAGCAGUGAGCUAAUGGAUAUAAGCGGAAAUGUGGUAACACAAAUGACCACAAUUCCACCCAAUCAGUUGCCAGUCUCCGAAGAUUGUGUCACCCAAGGAGCUGGUGAUAACUCAGUUGUGGGUAUGACCGAAUACAAUGAAGGAGAGGGUGGGGAACAUUCUCAAGAUGUUCACUCAGCCAAUGAAUUGGACACUUCCACAGAUGCUGGUGGCAAGAAAAAGAAGCCACGUAAGCCGAGGACUCCCAAAGACCCCAACAAACCUCCCCGCGAAAGGACACCCAAGGCCAAGAAGUUAAAGGAAGGCCAAGAGGGUGCCGAUGGAACACCAGCUGCGGUGCGUAAGCGCAACGGCAGUGCGGCACGUAAAAAGAAAUUGUCCGAUGGAGGUAUAGAGGGUGAAGGAGGAGUUCCUGCAGCAGAUGGCAGUGAAAAUGAAGAUAACAAGCCAUUGGUUGAGAAGUCAUCUACCGGGGAAAAUCCCAGUGCGGAAACCUCUGAAGAACAGGAUUCUGAAAAUAAGCCGGAAACUACAACCUCAGAUGAGGCUAAACCCAGUACAUUGGAUGGCAGUGAACCCCAAGAUUAUGAUGAUAUACCAGUUUCCAAGAUACCCAAGGGUGAGGGAGCCGAUACCGCCGGAAAUGCCGAAGUGGGUGAUGAAACCGUGGACAGCAUACCAGAUUCGGCCGGAGAUACAACAGCUACUCCUACACGAGCUAAAAAGAAACGACGUGGAGGUCGUGGCGGCGGCGGUGGAGGAGGCACCGGUGAUGAGGGUGAGGGUGGCAGUAGCGGCAGACCAAGACGUAGCCGUGGUGGUAAUCUAUCAGCUCGGGCUUUGAAAAAGCGUCGAAAUCGUGGACGCAUUGUACCCGAAUCCGAUGGUGAGGAUGAUAACUUAGAUAGAACACCACCACCCUCGCCACCACCAGAAUCUGAGUUGGAUACCAAUAAACGGCGUUCAUCUAGAAAUACCCAACGUAAGAAGUAUAUCGAUGAUGUUAUGCUAAGAUUUUCCGAUGAAGAGACUGAAUCCCUGUUGGGAACAUCACCAUUGAAAAAAGAUAAAAAGUCAGGAGCAGCUGCUGCCGCUGUGGCCUCUACAUCAGCUGCCGCAGCGGUGAGCAGUAAUUCCAGCGAUGGAGAAAAUGCACUGCAACAGGCGGCCAGUAGCUCGGCAGCUGGUGGAGACAGUAACCAGGAACAACCUACCACCACAGAUGAAAAGUCCAAUUUAGCCGAAGAUAUGCAAGUGGGUAGUGGGGGAGGAGCUGAGGCUACAUCUAGCACAACCACCCCCUCGAUACUCAAUGAAAAAUCCGAAAAAUCACAAGAGGCCACCGUGGCGCCCACAGCUUCGGCCAAACCCAAUUAUGUUUAUAUCAAUACCGGAGAUGAGGAUAGUAUGGUGGUUCAAUAUGUCUUGGCUGUGAGAAUGGGUAAACGAGAACUUUUGCCAGAUCCUCCCACACCAGAACCACCAAAACCGGAAGAGGAAAAGGAGCCAGCAGCGGAAGAAGAGAUCAAAAAAGAAGGAGAUGAGGAUGCUGAAAAGAAAGAUGAAACUGCCACAGCAGAUGAAGAAAGUGGUGAGAAGAAAGAAACUAAAGAAGAAGGAAAGGAUGAAGAAAAGUCAGCUGAGGAUAAAUCCCAGGCUGAAGACAAAGAAGCCGUUGCAUCCAAAGAGAGUGAUGAAAUCAAGACUGAGGGAGAAGUAGAAAAAAUGGAUACCAGCACAACAGAAGAAGUAAAGGAUGAAGAAAAGAAGGAGGAUGAAUCGAAGAUGGCUGAAGUGGUGGAAGCCAGUGAAUCUAAGAAGGAAACUGACGAAACUCCAAAGGAAGAAAAGGAGGAGGAAAAGAAAGAGAAGGAGGUGGAUGAUGAGAAAACUACCACAGAAUCAAUGGAGGUUGAUGAGGAGAAUGAGUCUCCCAAAUCACCCAAAGAAAAGGAGGUGGCAGAAGAAAAAGAAGAGAAAGAAAGUGAUAAAAAAGACGAAAAGGAGGAAGAGAAAUCUGAAGAAAAGAAAGAAGAGAAAACAGAAGCCAUGGAAGUUGAAGAAUCGGCAGAAAAACCAGAUGAAGAAAAGACCGCCAAAACCGAUGACGAAACUAAGGAGCCAAGCUCCGAAGAUCAAAAACCAGCCACAGAAGAUGAUAAAAAAGAUGACGUUGCUGAUGAAGAUAAAUCGGAAAAGGAAGAUAAAGAAAAAGAGGAAGAAAAACCAAAACCCGAACCUGUAUAUAUAGAAGUAGAAGAAUACUUGGUCAAAUAUCGCAACUUUUCCUAUCUGCAUUGUGAGUGGCGCACCGAAGAAGAGCUGCUGAAGGGAGAUCGUCGUGUCUGUGCCAAAAUACGACGUUUCCAACAGAAACAGGCCCAACAGAUGAGUUUCGAAACCCUCGAUGAGGAAUAUUUCAAUCCAGAUUUUGUUGAGGUGGAUCGUGUCUUGGACAUGUCGGUGCAUACCGAUGAACAAACCGGUGAGACGACCAAACAUUAUUUGGUCAAAUGGAAGUCUUUGCCCUAUGAAGAUUGUACAUGGGAACUGGAGGAGGAUGUGGACGAAGAGAAGAUUGAACAAUAUCUACGUUUCAAUAAGAUACCACCACGUUCCGAGUGGAAGGGUAAGCGUCGUCCGACACCGGAUUUGUGGAAGAAAUUGGAGAAGACACCCGUCUACAAGGGUGGCAACACCUUGAGACCCUAUCAAUUGGAGGGUCUCAAUUGGUUGAAAUUCUCUUGGUAUAAUUCACACAACUGUAUUCUGGCCGAUGAAAUGGGUCUGGGGAAGACCAUACAAAGUUUGACCUUUGUCCAUUCCGUCUAUGAAUAUGGCAUAAGGGGGCCAUUCCUGGUAAUUGCUCCCCUCUCCACAAUACCCAAUUGGCAGCGUGAAUUUGAAAGUUGGACAGACAUGAAUAUUGUGGUCUACCAUGGUUCGGUGACCAGUAAACAAAUGAUACAGGACUAUGAGUUCUUUUACAAAACGGAAUCCGGCAAAAUGCUGAAGGAACCGGUUAAAUUUAAUGUCCUAAUUACCACCUUCGAAAUGAUUGUUACCGAUCACAUGGAUUUGAAACCUUUCAAUUGGCGUCUGUGUGUCAUCGACGAGGCUCAUCGUUUGAAGAAUCGCAACUGUAAACUAUUGGAUGGUUUGCGUCAACUGAACUUGGAACACAGGGUGCUGUUGUCCGGUACACCUUUACAAAACAAUAUGGGUGAAUUGUUUUCACUGCUCAACUUUUUGGAACCCAGUCAAUUCUCGUCGGCCGAAGAAUUCAUGUCAGAAUUUGGCAGCCUGCGUACCGAAGAGGAGGUCAAUAAAUUGCAGGCUCUGCUCAAACCCAUGAUGUUGCGCCGUUUGAAGGAUGAUGUGGAGAAAUCUUUGGCACCCAAAGAGGAGACAAUUAUCGAAGUGGAACUGACCAAUAUCCAAAAGAAAUACUAUCGUGGUAUAUUGGAACAGAACUUUGCUUUCCUCAAGAAGGGCACCACCUCCGCCAACAUACCCAAUCUAAUGAACACCAUGAUGGAACUGCGUAAAUGUUGUAUCCAUCCAUAUCUGCUGAAUGGUGCCGAGGAACAAAUCCAGUACGACUAUCGUAAUCAACAUGGCGAAGACCAUGAAUCGUAUUACAAAAACAUCAUUCAAUCUUCGGGUAAAAUGGUGCUCAUCGACAAGCUAUUGCCCAAGUUAAAGGCAAAUGGCCACAGGGUUUUGAUCUUCUCCCAGAUGGUACGUUGCCUAGAUAUCUUGGAAGAUUAUCUAAUCUACCGUAAAUAUCCAUUUGAACGUAUCGAUGGUCGUAUACGUGGUAAUUUGCGUCAAGAGGCCAUUGAUAGGUAUUCCAAGCCUGGCUCAGAUCGUUUUGUUUUCCUGCUCUGUACCAAGGCUGGUGGUUUGGGUAUUAACUUAACAGCUGCCGACACUGUCAUCAUCUAUGAUUCCGAUUGGAAUCCCCAAAACGAUUUGCAGGCCCAGGCCAGAUGUCAUCGUAUUGGUCAACGGAAAAUGGUGAAAAUUUAUCGUCUACUCUGCCGCAACACCUACGAACGUGAAAUGUUCGAUAAGGCCUCUCUGAAACUAGGUCUCGACAAGGCUGUUCUACAGUCCAUGAAUACCCAGAAUUCCAAAGAUGGUAGCAACAAACAGCUCACGAAAAAGGAAAUUGAAGAUCUGCUCAAGAAGGGUGCCUAUGGCGCUGUCAUGGAUGACGACAAUGCGGGCGAUAAGUUCUGUGAAGAAGAUAUCGACUCAAUUUUGAAAAGACGUACCCAGGUUAUUACCAUGGAAUCGGAGAAGGGAUCCACAUUCUCAAAGGCCUCUUUCGCUGCAUCGGGUAAUCGUUCCGACAUCACAAUUGAUGAUCCUGAUUUCUGGACCAAAUGGGCUAAGAAAGCCGACAUCGAUCCCGAUGCCGUGGAACGUGAUGAAACAGAAGAUUUGGUUAUAUCCGAACCAAGACGUCGUACACAAAUUAAACGUUACGGCCAUGAGGAUGUUAUGGAAAUGAAUUCCGAGGAGUCAUCGAAUGAGAACAGCGAUGAAGAGGGUGGCAUUGGUAUACGUUCGACAAGGCGUUCACGCAAAGAGAAACGUGAACGUGGCCGCGAUAAGAAAGCCAAUGAGGAAUAUGUACCCAGGGAGCGGGAUGCUUUAGCCGCGCUGGGUUUGGAUGAGAUCCAAUAUGGUAAUUGGGCCAAAUCGGAGUGUUUCAAGGUCGAAAAGGGUCUGCUGUCAUUUGGCUGGGGCCGUUGGCCAGAAAUCUUGGAAUUGGGACAAUUCAAACGUGGAUGGCGGGACAUUAACGUUGAGGAGUGUUCACGUAUAAUUCUAUUGUACUGCCUGCAAGUCUACAAGGGCGAUGAGAAGAUCAAAACCUUCAUCUGGGAUCUGAUAACACCCUCCGAGGAUGGUGAGGUGACAAAAAUCAGCAGGGAUCAUAGUGGCCUCCAUAAUCUGGUGCCACGAGGACGUAAUGGUGGUAAAACGCAAAAGGAUGGUGAGACUGCUACUACGGCUAGUGGUGGUACAACACCAACGCCCACGGAUUCAGCUACGGCUCCGCCAACUCCCGAAAGCACAGGUGGUGGUGAGGGCAGCACAACAGCAACAGCUGCCGCCAAACCACCCAAGAAAGAGCUCGGCACCCAUGGUCUACAGAAUAUACAGGACCCCAGUCAUUGGAGCAAACAGGAGAAAUAUGAUGCUGAUUCCUAUCUAGAGGGGGCAUAUAAAAAACAUUUAAGCAGACACGCGAAUAAAGUUUUAUUGCGCGUCCGUAUGCUGUAUUAUAUACAACACGAGGUGAUUGGAGAUUUGGUGCAACAGAUUAAGGAUAAUACACCUGUCAGCGAGUUGCCAAUACGCCCGCCAACCAUGGCUGAAGCGGUGCCGGCCUCUUGGUGGAAUCCUCCCUGCUGCGACAAGAGUCUUUUGGUGGGCACCUUUAAACACGGCUGUGAAAUGUAUCGUAUAAUGCGUUCCGAUCCUGCCCUAUGUUUUGCCGGUCAUGUUGGAGCCACAGCCACAGAGGAGACAACCGUAGCCAAUUUGCCUGUCGCUGAAGAAGACGCCAACUCAAAACAAGAUGCCGACAAUGAAGAAGUCGACGAUGAUGGCACUGCCACCAAAGACUCUGAUUCCACCAAGUUGACUACGGGCGACAAAGAUAAAGAUUCUUUAGAUCCACCCGAACGUCCCAGCUCUUCGGGUAAGAAUAAAAAAUUGGCCAAAAAAGCAACCGCAGAUGCAACAGUUAAAGUGGCUGAUAAUGAGAAUGGCAAAGCUGUUGAAAGUGCCACUGGUGGCGGCGGCGAAGAGGAGGAGAGUAAACCAAUCGCCGAAACAACGACGCCACCUACAGUUGUUGGUAAAAAACGUAAACGUUCCAAGUUAGCCGAAGAAGAAACAUCAGCUGAGAAGGAUGAAAAUGACAAAUCAUCCUCGUCGGCAACGGAUAAUGAUGGCAAUCCUUUGGAUAAAAAUGAAGCCGAUACAAAAUCAGAUAAAGAUACAAGCGAUGUUGAGGAAAUGGAAACAGAAACAGCUGAAGCAUGCAGUAGCAGUAGUGCCAGCAGCGCCAGCAAUGAUAAAUCAUCAUCAGCCGAGGCUGUUGGGGCUGCGGAUAGCAGUGAUACAGCUACUGCUGCUGCCGCUACAACUGCCAAUGAUUCCAAUUCCAUGGAUGUUAGUGUAUCGGAAUCUGAACCAACAACUGUUGCUGGCGCCACAGGUGAUGAGGUUAAUUCUUCAGCAGACGCUGCUGCCAGUAGUACAACAAAAACAACAGCUGAGACCACAACCCCGCCGUCAACUACUGAAACUGUUGACGUUGAGGAAGCUGCUCCAAAUUCGGCCACAACAGAGGCCAAAAAUACAUGUACUACCACCACCAUCACCUCAACUACCACCACCACUACUACUACCAAUAUAUCUACUACCACAUCUACAUCAUCCACUACCACCACCACCUCAUCAUCAACAACAAGCUCGACAGAGCAAACGCAAAAUGAUACUGUUAAUACAACUACUACAACAAACCCAAACAACCCAUGUUUAGGCAUAGAUGAGGAGGAGAGUGGUGCCGGUUCAUAUCCACCCACACAAGCGCCGGUCGAUGAUAAUUCGGCAACAAUGUGGCCCUCAAUGCAGGAUCUAAAUACACGUCUGCGACGUGUUAUAACUGCCUAUCAAAGGAAUUACAAAAAAGAAGAAUUGAAACAACAACAAAAGGCCAAGCUACAGGCAUUGGUUUCGUCAACGCCACCACUGUCGGUGCCGACAACACCCACCUUACAAUCGAUACAAUUACAAAUGCAAAAUGCUGCUGCUGGUGGUGUUGGAUCGGCAACAGGAACAGGUGCAGGAGGUGUUAACGCAAUUGGAGGUGGUGGAGCCACAACACCCCAGGAUCCUGGUAGUCGAAGUCUACAAUCGUUGAUACAAGGCAACAAUAGUACAUUGUCAACGGGACCAAGUACUUCAGCGGCUGCUGCGGCAGCAGCACAAAAUGCCGCUGCUGCACAGAAUAUAACACUACAACAACAGUUGCAACAGCAAUCAGUUAUGCAACAGCAACAACAGCAACAAUCACUACAACAACAGCAACAGACUUUGCAACAACAGCAACAGUCUUUGCACCAACAACAACAUCAGCAGCAACAACAACAACAGCAGCAGCAACAGGGCAACAGUGUUGCUUCGGCUGCCAUAGCUGCCCUAACCUCAACACCCAUGCCAACCGCCGCAGAUAUUAGCCUAAUGCUGAACAUUCUCAACACAACCGAUGUCAGUCAGUUGGCUAAUUUGGACAUCAAUAAACUGGCCAUGUACUUGGUUAGUAUGAACAAUAAAAUGGAACGUCAAGGCAAAAUGGAAAUGGUUGCCAAAGAGCGUGAAAUGCAACGCUUGCAGUGUAUUCCAAAGAAAUGGAAUCGCCGUGAGGAGUAUGAAUUUUUACGUGUCCUUACCGGCUAUGGUAUUGAUUUUCUACCACCCACCGCUCUGGCGCCGGGAACCACCAACACCCCCACAAGUCUCAUGCCCGAUUGGACCAAAUUCAAACAGAUGGCCCAUUUGGAGCGAAAGAGUGAUGAAACAAUGAGUGAUUAUUACAAGGUAUUCAUUACAAUGUGUAAACGUCAAGCGGGCGUUAAGCUAAACGACAAUGAGAAGGGUCUAGAGGGCAUUAUCGAAGAUAUAAGUGAAGAUCAUGCCAAAUUAAUAUUGGAUCGUUUGGAGUUACUUUCGAAGUUGAGAGAAAUUGCCAAACAUCCGCAAUUGGAAGAACGCCUUAAAUUGUGUAUGGUUAAUGCCGAUACCCCCGAUUGGUGGGAGCCCGGAAAACAUGACAAAGAAUUGAUGGCUGCCGUUCUCAAACAUGGCCUAUAUCGUUCGGAGACUUUUAUUUUCAAUGAUCACACAUUUUCCUUUGCCGAUUCGGAAAAACGUUUCAUACGUGAAUUGGAGGCUCAAAUUCAGCGUUCCAUUAAACUGGAGGCCAUGAAUGCCGAAAAAUUAUCCGUCAAGGAUGAAAUAAUUGAUCUGGAUGAUGAGUUGCUCACAAAGAGUAGCCUCAUUAAAAAGGAGAAUUAUUCGCCCGUGAAAAGUGAAGUUAAAAGUGAGCCCAAGGAUAUUAAAACGGAAGAUGCUGUCGUGGAGGAGUGUAAAAAGGAGACCUCCGCCAGCGAAGAAAAUAAAUCGGAAAAAUCCCAUGACUUGUCGGUGAAAAAGGUAGAGGAGGAAAUCGAAUGUCAAGACUUGACAAAAGACGAUGAUGAUGACGAUGAUUUGCCUUUGGCUUUGGAAAAAACCAAUGAUAAAGUCAAGGAGGACGAAAAGAAGGAUAGCAGCAGCUUGGUCACAGAGGCGGAAAAUGAAACACCAAAGAAGGAAGCUCAAGAUGAAGCUGAGGCCAUGGAUGCUGAAGAACAAGAUUUGUCCACACCUAAAAAGGAUACUAAAGAAUCUUUGGAAGAGAAAUCCAAGGAAGAAACGGAAGAAAAGUCUUUGGAUGAAAAGGACAAAGAGGAAACACCAUCAUCCAAAACGGAGGGAGAUAAGGAAGAAUCACCAGAAAAGAAAGAAGAUGGGGAAAAAGAAUCGAGUUCAGAAAACAAGGAACAAGACUCCAAAUUGGAUUCCUCACUAAAAGAAAAGGAAACCAAGGAUGAAGCAGAGAAAACAUCCGAGAAGAAAGAAAAAUCAGCGGAAAGUGCAAAGACGGCAUCUACACAAGAAGAUGAAAUCUUGGAUUUGGCCUCAGCCACAAGCGGUUCCAAUGAUCCCGAUGAUGAGGAAGUUAUGAAGGAGAAAGAAAAGGCCGUGGAAGAGGAAUGCAAUAAACAAGCGGCCGAAUUGAAGGCUCGUUUCCCCGACCUGGAAGUCAUACAACCAGGUGCCGCCAAGCAAAAGCUGGAGAAACCCAAACUGGAAAUGUGCAUGAUACGUUGGUUCAAAGAUUUUGCCUUGGAGCGACGCAUCUGCCACAUUGUCACCUGUGUUGAAACAGGAAAAUGGCCUGUGGACAAAAGCUACUCAGCAUUGGCUGGUUGUAAGGAUAUGGAUCUGAAGAUUGCCUUACACGAUGCCAUACCCCAUCUAAGUGUGGGCAUAGAGAAACGUUCUACCACACCAGAUGUUAUUACCAUUACCACUGACCAAGGGGUUACCAAACAUUUGCCCACAUCACAAGUGCAACAACAGGUUGCCACAGCUGCUGCGGCGGCGGCAGCAGCAACACCAGUGCCUCAAGUAUAUCCUCGGCAGCUGCGGCCGGCAGCAGCCGCUGGUCUUUCUGGUCUAGAUGCCAAUACCCUAAAUGCUGCCAUGGCAGCAGCUGUUGCUGCAGCCGGUGGAAAUGCCAGUGCAUUAAGUGCUCUACUGCCGGGAAUGUCAUUGACAGCCUUGUCUGGUCUCACCAUACCCAAUUCCAGUGUUGGUAAUUCGGGAUCAGCAUCCACAGCGAACACCACCAGCACAACAAAUUCGGGCAAGAAACGUAAACGUCACAUUGCCAUCGAUGUGGAAACCGAGAGAGCCAAGCUGCAUGCCUUAUUAAAUAGUUCUCAGUCGUCUGCUAAAGACUGGGAAACCGAAAUAGCAAAUAUGGCGGCUGCUGCAUCGGGAGCUGGGACCACGAUUGGUUCUUCAAGGCGUUCAUCAUCUGCUGCCUCGCCGGCUUCUAAUUCUUCACUGGCCUCUGCCUUGCAACCACCACCGGCCCAUCAACAUGCUCCCUUGAGUCGUCAAACAUCGGGACAAUUCAAUAAACCUGCCGUACCACCACUCAAGACUCCGCCACCUUCUUCGAUGGGCGGUGCCAUGGAUUUGUCAUCGAGCUUGCCCAAAAUGAACAUGGCUGAUAUCAUGAAAUCCGCCUCAGCUGGAGCAAUUGAUUUGAGUGAAGUACAAGAUUUUUCAAUGGGUUCCAAGAAAUCCUCAUCGAACUCACAAUCCUCGGCAUCAAGCAUUCAUGCAGCCCUGAGUUCUGCAUUCCCCUCAAUGGCCAGCAAAGGUGGUGGCAAAUUAGAUGAUACCCUCAAUAAGCUGAUGAAAAAGAACAAUUGUACCAUUGAAGAACCCGUUGUGGGCAAGGAAAAGAAACGCAAGAAAUUGGAUGAAAUAGUUUUGGGUCUAUCUGCGGCAAAGGAACAAAAGACUUUCCCUGACCCAUCACUGCCCUCAUCGAAGAAACCACAAAUACCACCCAGCGUAUCGGUGACACCGGCCAAUGCCGCCUCUGCCAUGUCUUCGCAACAGCAACAAAAUCAAAAACCAUUUACAAUCACUGUUACGACAGUGCCCGGAAAAGGAAAAGGCAGUUCUCAAUCCUCUGGAGGCCAAUCAUCUUCGGGAGGUUCAUCUAGUUCCGGACUAUCGGCUCUACAAAAUAUGGCUGGCAUGGGUAGUCUUUCGGCCAAAGAUAGUUUGAAUGCCUUAUUGGCCCAGACCAUGGCCACAGAUCCGCAAACCUUUAUCAAACAACAACAGAAAAUGAUGCAAUGCCUACCAGCCGCUCAGCGUAAAUUGUAUGAAUCGAUGUUGGCUGAAAUGGAGCAGACCAUGAAAAUGAACGCCAAAUACGGUGGUCCAAUGGACACAAAGGUAGACAAAUGGCUGACGGACAUGGGUGCACCCUCCAUGGAUUAUACAGGUGGCAGUGGUAGCAGUAAUCCCUCGACCUCAUCCAGCGGCCGAAGAUCGAAUCGUCAAUCUUCAACGCCAUCCCAGCAAUCUCUAUCUGCUUCACAAAUGUCAUCUUCCAAAUCAUCUGCCUCCCAGUCACACAGUCAAUCCUCAAGUGUUCAACAACACCAGCAACAACAAUCAAUGGGUGGUCCACCACCUGGUUUGACCGGCGAUGAGCCAGUUCCUGUGAUCAAUAAACAAACCGGCAAACGAUUGUCGGGCAACAAAGCCCCGCAAUUAAAGAGAUUGAUGCAAUGGCUAACGGAAAAUCCCAACUAUGAAGUGGAUCCCAAAUGGUUAGAGCAAAUGCAAAAUCCCAUGUCUGCACCCUCACCUAAACCAAUGGAGUCCAGUUAUUCGACAUCAAGCAAGAGCCACACUGGCCGACCAUCCUCAACAUCGAGCAAUGCUUCUUCCAACAGUCAUUCCAAUAGCCAACAACAAUCCCAAUCGACGCCCACAUCGAGCUCAUCGAAAAAGUCCUCAAGGCAAAGUGCCAUGGACCAGGCGAAUGCUGCUGCCAUGCAACAAUUUGGAUCGUUGGCUGGCUUGAAUCCUAAUCUCUUGGCCAGUUUGCCAGGUUUGGGUUCCUUUGAUCCCAAAAAUCCAUUGGCUGCUUUUGAUCCCAAAAACCCCUUGCUCUCCAUGCCUUUUGCCGGCAUGCCAGGUAUGGGUAACAUCCCGGGCUUGGGUAAUCUCAACAACAUGAAUUUGUUUGCCAGUCUGGCUGGCAUGGGUGGUUUGGGAAAUUUGGCUAGCAUGGAUGCUCAAUCAUUGGCCACUUUGAUGGCCGCAGCUGGACCUGCACUGAGUGGCUUAGGAGGUAUGCCAGGUUCCUCAUCGUCGUCAAGCGGCGGCGGUGGUGGUUCUUCAAGUAAGAAUUCUGGACAAGGAUCAGGCUCUUCAAAUUCGAAUAAGAAACCCACAAAAGCUGAGUUGUUGCAGCAAAAUGCCGCCGCAGCAGCUGUGGCUGCAGCUGCCUUAGGAGCCUCGGCUUUAUCUACUGGCAAUUCCGGUUCUGGAUCGAACUCGAAAAAUUCCGGACCAAGUGCUUCACAACUGGCGGCCGGUUUUCCAUUCCUUUUCGGCAAUCCAUCUCUGCUGUAUCCGCCCAUGGGUAUGAGUGGCUUAAAUCCAUACUCGUUGGGCUCUGCUGGCUUGGGUUCAUCGGGUUUGGGUGCUGCCUACGACCAAUUGGCACAGCAGUAUCUUAUGAAUGGAGCCUCUUCAGCCGGCUCCACUUCCACCACCCAAACCAAGGCUCACCAAUCACAGUCCUCGAAAUCCUCCAAUUCCAGAUCAUCUUCGUCGUCUUCUAAUGCUGCAUCAUCGGCGGCCCAAGCUGCAAAUCUUAUGAAUGCCAUGGCUGCCAGUAUGGCAGGGUCUUCAAAUACCGGAUCCAAUAGCUCGCAGAGUAGUUCUCGUGGUCGUCAAUCAUCGGCCAGCAGAGCUGCAGCGCAAGCAUCCGCUGAAAUGGCUCAGUUGUCUAAUCUUCUUAUGCCACCCGCUGAUGCCCAGCUAUUGGAACAAUUCUCACGUAUGGCUAAUAUGGAUUUGGCUCAAGCCACACGUCUAAUGAAUUCUCUGGGUAUGCCACCCAUUUCGGGAGCCAGUACAUCAUCCUCAUCCACCGUAAGUGAUAAACGGUCGUCCUCGUCCAGUUCUUCGGCCAAUGCUGCAGCUGUAGCUGCCCAGCAGGCCGCCAAGGAACAACAGAAACUAAUGGAGGCCUUGGCUCGAGGUCAAUUGCCCACAGAUUUGGCAACGCUGCAGGCCUUGUCACAGGGAAAACUUCCACCCUCCAUGACAGGUGGCGGUGGUUCUUCGGGUUCCUCAUCCAAUGCAAAUUCAUCUUCCAACAAUUCAUCUUCGAGUAAGAGUGCGAAAUCAGCUGCUGCCGCGGCAGCCGCUGCUGCUGCAGCUUCUCUGCCACAAAUACCUGGCAUGCCUGCUGACUUUAGUCAGGCAUUCCUGGCUGAAAUGGCAGCCCAGGCUAUGGCUGCUGCUGGAGGUCCAUUACCCCUAACCGGUCCCGGUUCCUUGGCCAGUUUAACGGGCAGUUUGGCCGGUCUGACGGGAGGUUCAUCCACACAAUCAACAUCAUCUUCAGCGACUUCGUCGUCCUCAUCAAAGAGACAAAGGGAACACGAUGCACUUUCCAAAGAUGCCUUCCAGAAACAAAUGGACUACUAUACCAAAACAUUGGGCCUAGGCUCAGGUAUAUCACUCAUACCUACAUCGGCGUCAUCAUCUGGACCUUCGUAUGGUGAUGAUCACCACACGACCACCAAGUCAAAGAGGCAAAGAACUGAGACAUCAACGUCAUCACUGAAGGACGAUUUGAAUGCCGCCGCUGCUUUGGCUGCUGCAGGUUUUCCAAUGAAUUUGGGUGGCGGAAUGACGAGCAUAGAAAAGAGUAUACGUGGCGGAAGUAGUAGUGGUAUGGGAGGUGGCGGAUCGGGCGGUGGUUCCUCUUCGGCAUCGUCGGGAUCCUCAGCUCAGCCAGAGGCAGAUAAGGUCACACUAACACCUCUGAAUUCGGCUGGUAUUGCGGCCAAUUUACCUUCACAGACCACCAUUACCAUUGCCCCACCAAUUAGUUCCGGAGCCAGCUCCAGUAGUGAGCGGUCUGAGCGAAGUGAGUCUAGAAUUUCCCUGACCAUAACUAAUGCAGCUGAGGCUGCCAAAAUGCCACCUCCCUACGAAGAAGCCGACGAACUGAUAAUACAACCAAUACUCAAAAAGCCGACACAACAGCAACCAAGUCCAUCUGCCAAUUCGUCGUCAUCGUCGCACAGCAAUUCUCAAGCGCCUCCACCACCACCAUCCUCUCAAACACCCACCUCCCAGGCCAACUCAGCGGCCAGCUCAAUGCAUGGCGGCAGUGUGGAAGACUUGACACAUGAUUCGGCCAACAAUAGUGCAUCGUCGAAUAACGAAGAGACUCGCCGAUCUUCGGGCCGGCUAAAACGACCCAGAUCGGGUGCCGAUCAUUCGCUGAUAGCCGAACAACCGCCAGAGAAGAGACGUGAGUUACGCUCAACGCGUCACACACGUCAAUCGUCGUCGGGUAGUGCCGAUAAUUCCUUGAAUCUAUCGACGAACAGUGAAACGGACGAAAGGCCGGAAUGAGGUUUAAGGCGUUUAAGGAGCAAAUCUAUAAAUAAAUAGUAGAGAAGCAACACACACAAAUAAAAAAACAAUAGAGUGAAACCAACAAACCAUCAAACACUCGGAGCUAUAGAGCGAAUUAAGAAGAGGAGAAUAAAGAAAGAUAAAAAAAUAUUUAAUAGCAAGCGAAUAUUGUAAAUGAACAUUGCUAAAAAGAUAAAGUUUAAAUGUGAUUUGAAAGUUUUGAAAAGAGAUUCAAAAAAUGUAAAGUCGAAAGGUGGAAGAAAAAUAUGAAAUUUUAAAUUUUGCAAAUAACUGGCUUGGGAUAGUCGUCGUACAGAUUUAUAACCACCCGAAACCAAUAAAUUUCUUUCCGAAAUUUUCAAAACACAUUUGAACCGCACAUUAGAAAGAGAAGUGGAGCGCGUCAACUGCUGCUUAGUAGCAAAUAAUUAAACAAAAAAGAUAAAUUAUAAUAAUUAGUGUAGGAUAUAAUAUGAAACAGUAAGAAGAAGAGAGUUAGGAGAGUAUUUGAAAACUCUCCGCAGCAUCAAACACAACAGUAAACUGAUUAAAAGUGAGUUUAGUUUUAAAUUUAAGCUAUAAUAAAAAAUUAAAUAGUUAUUAAACAAUUGAGAGCAAAAAAGAAAAAAGUUUUAAAAUUUUUAUGCUAAAAUAGAAAAGAAAAGAGAAAACAACAAACAAAAAAUCAUAAAACAACAAAAAAAAAGAUUCUUUUUUAAUUUUGUAAAAUAUAAGCUUAAUUUUAGUUUUAUUUUUUAGUAAUUUUAUUCAUUUUUAAAGGACACACACACAAACCCGACUACAAAACAAACAAGCAAACUCCCUCUUCCCCCCAAGCCCUUAAAUAUAUUUUAGCAAUUUUUUUAGAUACUGGCAUAAAAACAAAGCAAAAAAAAACUACAAGUAAAGAAGGAACAGUAAAUUUUAAUUUAUCUAAGACAAUUUUCAAAAUUUUUCUCAAUUGAUUUUCGUGGUAAUUUCAAAAUUUAUUUCCCCAAUAUUUUAUGCAUUUUCAAGGACUAAACUUUGCAAUUUUCUUUAUUGCUGCUGUUUUAUAAAAAAAAGGAAAUGUAAAGUUUAACUCAUUGAAAAUGUACAAAAUAUUGGUUUAAAUAAUUUUUGAAAACAAAAACUACAUUGUUUUUAACUAUUGAGUUGUCGGAAAGUUAUGCAAAAGAAUAGAAACCUACAAUGGCAACAGUAACAUUCAUUAUCAAUGGCAUGUUGACAAAACCCAUUUUAUGCUGCUGUGGUUUUCUCCAAUAACAUCUUCCAACAUGCCAUGGAUAAGUGAAUGUUAUUGUUGUCCUUGUUGGUUGGUCAUUGUCAAUUGCAUGUUUUCUUUUCAUCUCAACUUCCCUUCUACAUAAAAUAAAAUAAAACAAAUUUUACUUAUAAUAACACUCAUAUAAAUAAUAUACAUAUUCUUUUAUUUUUUUUAAAUAAUAAUAAUAAUAAUAAUAAAUUGAUUAUACUAUUUCGUAUUUAUUCGAUUUCCACUUGUAAAAUUUAUCACAUCUAUAUAUAAAUAUAGUUUUUCGUAUAAAGUAAACAACCACAACAACAACAACAAAUAUAAUGUAACUAUAAUAAACAAAAAAAGAAAAACAAACAAAAAGCUUAUUUUCAUAUAUAACAAAUGAAAUGACAAAAAAAAAAACAAAACACAAAUUCUUCUUAUUUUUCCGAAAAAUCCAAGAAAAUAAAUUCUUACGUUUUUAUGUGGGGAAAAAGGGUAUGUACAUUUUUUCACAUGUGAAAUCAGCAUUUAAAUAAUAUUACUUCUUUGAUGGUGUUUUAGAUGAUUUAGAAAUGGGCUCAUUCUUUAGGGGUUUUCCAACAUAUAACUAGGAGCUGCAAAAAAACUCUUUUCAUUCAAUGGAACAGUUGCAAAUCAUUGUAAUGAAGGAGAUGUGCCUUGAUCUCAUUUAGAAUUGUGUGGAUUAGUUAAUAUUGGAAACAUGUUCUUUAAAAAAAUCAACGUUUCUUAAACCGAUGAUCCUUGAACAUUAUUCUUCAAAAAAUCCACCUUUCUUAAACUGAUGUUCUUUGAGAAAUAUUCUUUAAAAAUCCACGUUUCAUGAAAUAAUGACCAUUGAAAAAAAUAUCCUUUAAAAAAUCCUGAUGGUCUUUAAAAUAUAUUCGUUAAAAAAUCCACGCUUCAUGAACUAAUGGCCCUUGAAAAAAUAUCCUUCAAAAAUCCUGAUGGUCUUUGAAAGAUAUUCUUUAAAAAAUCCACGUUUCUUAAACCGAUGAUCCUUGAAAAAUAUUCUUCAAAAAAUCCAACUUGCUUAAACUGAUGUUCCUUGAAAAAUAUUCUUCAAAAAAUCCACCUUUCUUAAAUCGAUGAUCUUUGAAAAAUAUUCUUAAAAAAAUCCAACUUUCUUAAACUGAUGUUCCUUGAAAAUUAUUCUUCAAAAAUCCACGUUUCUUAAAAUGAUGGUCCUUGAAAAAUAUUCUUUAAAAAUCCACGUUUUAUGAACUAAUGGCCCUUGAAAAAAUAUCAUUCAAAAAAUCCUGAUUUUCUUUGAAAGAUAUUCUUUAAAAAAUCCACGUUUCAUGAACUAAUGGUCCUUGAAAAAAUAUUCCUCAAAAAAUCCUGAUGGUCCUUGAAAUAUAUUUUUUAAAAAAUCCACGUUUCUUAAGCUGAUGGUUCUUGAAAAAUAUUCUUCAAAAAAUCCACGUUCUACAAAAAAUCCUGUUGGUCCUCGAAAUAAAUUCUUUAAAAAAUCCACGUUCUACAAAAAAUCCUGUUGGUCCUUGAAAUAUAUUCUUUAAAAAAUACACGUUCCACAAAAAAUCCUGUUGGUCCUUGAAAUAUAUUCUUUAAAAAAUACACGUUCCACAAAAAAUCCUGUUGGUCCUUGAAAUAAAUUCUUUAAAAAAUCCACGUUUUACAAAAAAUCCUGUUGGUCCUUGAAAUAAAUUCUUUAAAAAAUCCACGUUCUACAAAAAAUCAUGUUGGUCCUUGAAAUAAAUUCUUAAAAAAAUCCAAGUUAUUCAAAAAAUCCUGAUGGUCCUUGAAUUAAAAAGAAAAUAUUCUGAGAAAUAUUCUCCAAUAAAUCUGGCACCUUUUUCACAAGGGGUAAAAAUUUUGAGGUCAACAUUUGGAAUAAUUAUAACGCAAGUCAAAAAAAAAAAAAAUACUAAUUAAAAAUGGGCAUAGGCUGAGGGUGGUACACAUUUGACGGCAAGCCCGACUGACACAAUUUUUAUACUCUAAGGGUAAGGGUAUUCUGUCUUUGUGCAUUUGAUUGUAACAGCGAAAUAUACCCAUAGUUACUUUUGAGGAUCUUCAUAGAAUCAAUUUCUGAGUCGAUUUAUGCAUGUCAGCCCGUCCGUCCUUCUGUCCAUGUAUUUUUGUGAACAAAAUACAAGUCGCAUUUAUUAUCCGAUUGAGAUGAAAUUUUCCGAACAAUUUUUUUUGUCCCAAGUACGAUCCCUAUUGAAAUUGGUGAGAAUCGGUGCAAAUUCAUAUCUUCGUCCACUUUCGGGUUGAUUGUGCACCAAAUGAGUAAUAUCAGUCUAAAUGAACUGACCGACUGAAUUCAUACUAGAAACAAGUGCCCCAAAUUUGGUGAAAAUCGGUUCAUAUAUAGCUAUAGCUCCCCUAUAUAUGUUUCAUCCGAUUUGAGGGUUUAGAUCCUUCACAUGCGUGAUAUGCAAACCACAGCAUUGAUCUUUGGUACCAGAUAUCAGAUGUAGCUCAGAAAUACCUCUGCCCAAUGUUAUCGAGAUCGGAUCGGAUUUGGUUGUAGCUCCCAUAUAUACCUUUAUAAGAUUUCAGGUUUAUUGUGCAUCAAAUGGCUAAUACCAGCCCAAAUGAACUGAAUAUUGACACACCCGACUGAAUUCGUCCCAGAAAUAGCUGUUCCAAAUUUUAUCAAGAUCGGUUCAGAUAUUUGGAUAUAGCUCCAAUGUAUAUCGUUAUUCGAUAUAUGGUUUAUUGUGCACCAAAUGGCUAAUAUCAGUCCAGAUUACCUGUAUUUUAGCACUGAAUUCAUCCUAGAAACAAAGACUUUAAAUUUGGUAAAAAUCGGUUCAGAUAUAGCUAUAGCUCCCAUAUAUAUUUUUCAUCCGAUUUGGGGUCCCUCACAUGCGUAAUAUGCACUACUCAACAUUGAUCUUUGGUCCCAGAGAUCAGAUUCAGCUCAGAAACACUUCUGUCAAAUUUUAUCGAGAUCGGAUCAGAUUUGGAUAUAGGGCCCAUAUAUACCUUUAUGCGAUUUCGUGUAAUUGUGCACCAAAUGGCUAAUGAAUUCAUUCUCGAAACAAUUACUUCAAAUUUGGUAAAAAUCGGUUCAGAUAAGGCUAUGGCUCACAUGUAUUUGUUUCAUCCGAUUUGGGGGUUUAAGUCCUUCACAACAAGGUUAUUUGAUACCGGACUUCAGAUACAGCUCGAAAAUAUCUCUGCCAAAUGUUAUCGAGAUCGGUACCUUCGAUAUAUAUCUUCAUCCGAUUUUGCGGUUAUUGUCCACAAUAUAUGUAAUAUCAGCCCAAAUUGGAUAUUUUUUUUUAAUUUUCAACCGAAUUUUGUCAUUUGGUGAAACUCGGUCCGGUAUAUCCAUUGCUCCAAUAAAUAUUUUUUAAUACAGUUCUCAUUAAAAGGUCAUAUCAUUCACAUAAAUUUCCAAUAAAAACUUUUUUACGGGAGCUCUACUAAAUACGCAUAGUGGUUGGUGUAGGGUAUC